CCAUUUGUCAUUUAUGCACGAGUGAUAGAUCUCUACUUAUUGAAGCAUAAAACUACUGUGAGCUCAAGGGAUCGAGAGAAAAGAUUCAUGAGUGAGAUAGCAACAUUACUAAUGGAAGAAGAAGACAUCCACACCAAAGAUGGAACAACUGAUUACCAGAACAGGCCUGCCAUCAAGAACAACACGGGAACAUGGAAAGCUUGCCCUUAUAUUCUUGGAAAUGAAUGCUGCGAAAGACUGGCUUACUAUGGGAUUAACACAAAUCUUGUUAAUUACCUCAAGUUUCAACUGAACCAGAGGAAUGUGGUUGCUGUCAAUAAUGUCACAAAUUGGUCAGGUACAUGCUAUGUCACACCAUUGCUUGGAGCCUUCCUAGCUGAUGCAUACAUGGGAAGAUAUUGGACAAUUGCUGCCUUCUCCAUCAUCUAUGUUUUUGGAAUGACUUUAUUGACCUUAUCAGCGUCAAUCCAAGGACUAAAACCACCCUGUGACAACAACAAUGUGUGCCAUCCCACAGGGUUACAAACAGGGGUGUUCUUCACAGGACUGUACCUCAUAGCACUUGGAACUGGAGGCAUAAAGCCUUGUGUCUCAUCAUUUGGAGCAGACCAAUUUGAUGACUCUGAUGAUGCCGAAAAAAAGAACAAGAGCUCCUUCUUCAAUUGGUUCUAUUUCUCAAUCAACAUUGGUGCCCUUGUGGCUUCCUCUGUGCUUGUUUGGAUACAAACAAACGUUGGAUGGAGCUGGGGCUUUGGCAUCCCAUCCGUGGCUAUGGCACUUGCUGUUGUGAGCUUCUUUUCGGGCACUCGAUUGUACAGAACCCAGAUUCCCGGUGGGAGUCCCCUCACUCGCAUUUGCCAGGUGCUUGUUGCAUCCUUCAGGAAGUUCCGUGUUCGAGUGCCUCGUGACAAGUCUCUCUUGUAUGAGACUGCCGACCAGGAAUCUGUUGUCAAAGGAAGCCGGAAGCUUGAUCACACUGACCAGCUAAGUUUCUUGGACAGGGCGGCUGUAGAGACACAGUCAGAUAAAGUCAAAGGCUCAGCGAUGCCAUGGAGGCUCUGCAGUGUGACACAAGUGGAAGAGCUUAAGUCCCUCAUAAGGUUGCUUCCCAUAUGGGCCACUGGUAUAAUCUUCUCAGCCGUCUACAGUCAAAUGGGAACAUUGUUUGUGCUCCAAGGCAACACAAUGGACCUCCAUGUCAGCAAAUCCUUCGAAAUCCCAUCCGCCUCGCUCUCCCUCUUUGACACCGUCAGUGUCAUCUUCUGGGUUCCAGUUUACGACCGUGUGAUAGUCCCGUUUGUGCGAAGAUUCACGGGCAGAAACAGCGGCUUCACCCAACUCCAAAGAAUAGCAGUUGGGCUAGUAAUCUCCAUCUUUGCCAUGCUGGCCGCGGGGGCUUUGGAGCUUGUGAGACUUCGGGAAGUUCGAAAACACAACUACUAUGACCUAAAGCAUAUACCCAUGUCGAUUUUUUGGCAAGUUCCUCAGUAUUUUAUUAUAGGGUGUGCUGAGGUUUUCACAUUUAUUGGGCAACUGGAGUUUUUCUAUGAGCAGGCUCCUGAUGCAAUGAGGAGUUUGUGUUCUGCUCUUUCACUUACAACUGCUGCUUUGGGGAACUAUUUGAGUACAAUGCUGGUGAACAUUGUGACCGAUGUAAGCACUAAGGAUGGGAAGCCGGGAUGGAUUCCGGACAACUUGAAUUAUGGGCACCUUCACUACUUCUUCUGGCUUCUGGCUUUGUUGAGUGUGGUGAAUUUAGGGUUUUAUCUUUUGGUUGCUAGAUGGUACACUUACAAGAGGGCAGUAGUACCUAGUCAUUCUGCAGCUAUGGCGGACGAUGAUCUUUACACGAACGAUGGGACUCUGGACAUCCAUAAAAAACCUGCUAACAAGAAGAAGACCGGAAAUUGGAAGGCAUGCCGCUUUAUUCUCGGAAAUGAGUGCUGCGAAAGAUUGGCAUACUAUGGAAUGAGUACCAAUCUAGUGAACUAUCUCGAGAAACGUCUCGGCAUGGGAAAUGUCACGGCAGCAACGAGCGUCUCUAAUUGGUCAGGGACGUGCUACGCGACACCAUUGAUAGGAGCCUUCCUAGCUGAUGCAUACUUGGGAAGAUAUUGGACAAUUGCCAUCUUUUCAAUCGUUUAUGUUCUUGGUAUGACACUCUUGACCCUCACUGCAUCUAUCAACGGAAUAAAACCACAUUGCGAUAGCUCUGGUUGCAACACAACAUCGUCCCAAAGAGCGGCCUGCUUUGUAGCUCUGUACUUGAUUGCAGUAGGUACUGGUGGAAUCAAGCCAUGCGUUUCAUCCUUCGGCGCAGAUCAAUUUGAUGAAACUGACGAGACUGAGAGGAAAAAGAAGAGCUCCUUCUUCAACUGGUUUUACAUGUCAAUCAAUGUCGGUGCACUUAUUGCUUCCACAGUUUUGGUCUGGAUGCAAAUGAAUGUGGGAUGGAAUUGGGGGUUCGGAGUCCCAGCAGUCGCAAUGGGGAUUGCAGUUGCGUUCUUUUUCUUGGGAAGCAAGUUAUAUCGUCUUCAGAAACCAGGCGGGAGUCCCCUCACAAGGAUUGCUCAGGUGGUUGCUGCAUCCAUCAGGAAGUGCAAAGUGAAGGUUCCUGCUGACAAGUCUCUUCUCUAUGAGACUGCAGAUGAGGAGUGCAACAUCCAAGGAAGCCGGAAGCUUGAGCACACCAACAAAUUAGGGUUCUUUGACAAGGCAGCUGUGGAGUCAGAGACAAACCGUGCCAAGGAAUUGCCAAGCCCAUGGAGCCUCUGCACAGUGACACAAGUAGAGGAGCUGAAAUCCAUCAUCAGACUCCUCCCCAUCUGGGCGUCCGGUAUAGUUUUCGCCACCGUCUACGGCCAAAUGAGCACAAUGUUUGUCCUCCAAGGCAACACCCUAGACCAACACAUGGGCCCAAACUUCAAAAUCCCAUCAGCCUCCCUCUCCCUCUUCGACACUGUCAGCGUCAUCUUCUGGGCUCCGAUAUACGACAGGCUCAUCGUCCCCCUCGCCAGGCACUUCACGGGCCACGAACGAGGCUUCACGACGCUUCAACGGAUGGGAAUCGGCCUAGCACUCUCCAUAUUCUCCAUGGUUGUUGCUGGGGUUUUGGAGGUCGUUAGGCUUGCCACUGUAAAAAAAUAUAAUUACUACGACCUAGAGUACAUUCCCAUGUCGAUUUUCUGGCAGGUCCCGCAGUAUUUCAUCAUUGGGUGUGCUGAGGUUUUCACCUUCAUCGGGCAGAUGGAGUUUUUUUACGACCAGGCGCCUGACGCCAUGAGAAGCUUGUGCUCUGCACUGUCACUGACCACUGUUGCACUGGGGAAUUACCUCAGCACUCUGCUAGUUACUGUGGUAACUAAAGUUACCACGAAGAAUGGGAAUCUUGGGUGGAUUCCGGAUAACCUUAACAGGGGACACCUGGACUAUUUUUAUUGGCUGUUGGCUAUUCUGAGCGUUAUUAAUUUCUUGGUGUACCUCUGGAUUGCUAAGUGGUACACUUACAAGAAGGUGACUGGGUGUGCUAAAUGAUAUGCAGGGUGGUGGAGUGGCACUUGUUAAUCUUCUGGCUGUCUGCCAUUUCAGUUUUUUUUUUAUUUGAUUUUAAUGUUGGUGUUUGAAAAUAUUUGUUGGAGGAUUUCUGCGUUGAUUUCAAGAUUGAUUUAAUGUGUGUUUGUGAAUUUUUCAUAGCAUUUUGUUGACUUUAUUGCAAUUAAUCAUUCGUAGGUUCAUAUAAUUGGUUGAACCCUGCAUUUUUAUUCAUCGCCCAUUCACUUAUUUAAGUUAAGAGUAGUGAAGUAAAAAAGAAAAAAGAUAUUUUAGCUAAAAUGGUCAUUGAAAUUGGAAUAACUCUUUACUUUGAUCUCUGAGAUUUGAAAUCGAUAGAAAGUGGUCUCUGAAUUCUACAAUCAAUUAUUUUGGUCCUUCCGUGA